AGGGCACUCAAGCGCAACACAAAAUGGUCAACCUUCGAAAUAAUUCGACACGAGGUUUGCAGGUCAUUCAAGCGAACCUCCAAAGGUCCAAACUUGCAACCACAGAGCUCCACAUGGCGGCCCAGCGGAAAGGCGUAAAGAUAGCUCUCGUUCAGGAACCCUACGUAGGAAGAACGGGAUGCUUGAAGCAAAACGCAGGCACACAAGUCAUCCAGUGCACCCUGGGCAGACAGAAACCUGUUAAGGCGGCGGUAAUAGUCUUCGGGGGCGAGCUGGAGGUCAUUCAUGACCCUCAGCUGGUCACCGAGAACAUAGCAGCCGUUUUAAUAAAGGUUGGGGCAAUCAAGUUUGCGGUCCUGUCGGUUUAUUUCGAAGGCGACCAAGACAUAACACCAUACAUAAACACAGUGAAACAUGUACUCAUAAAAACUCAAAAAUACACACCCAACGUCAUUGUAGGAGGAGACGUGAACGCCUGGAGCCAGUGGUGGGGGAGUAACUCCGAAGACCACCGAGGCGCAGAGUAUAAUUCGUUUAUCAGCGAAAUGGAACUACACAUCCUCAACAUCGGACAAACACCCACCUUCGAGACGUACAGAGGGGAUAGGCUGUACACGAGCAUCGUCGAUGUAACCGUGUGCAGCAUGUCCCUCCUGAACAGGAUCGAGGGUUGGAAAGUAGAUAGAAGCCUGACGUCAUCGGACCACAACGCAAUUACCUUUGCCAUACGCCUGGAGAAACCCUUGGAACCCUUAAGGCCCAUCUCCACACGUAUCUAUAACACCAAAAAGGCGAAAUGGUCCGAGUUCAAGGAGCACCUAGAACAGCUCCUUGAGGAAAAAGGCAUAACUCCGUCCAGAAUCCAAGCAAUAGAAACAACACUGCAAAUGGAGACCAUAAUAAGCGAAUAUACUUCUGCCAUCCAUCAAGCUUGCGAGAAAGCAGUACCCAAGCUUAAGGCCCGCAAUUUCGAUUCCAAACCACCCUGGUGGUCCCCUUCUCUGGAGGAACUCCGAAAGGAUGUCCUAAGGAAGAAGAGGAGAAUUCGGAAUGCGGCCCCUUCACGUCUAAACCACACAAUUCAGGAGUACUACAUGACGAAAGCAAACUAUAACUCACAAGUCACAGACGCAGCCACCACAAGCUGGAAAGAAUUCUGUUCCACACAAGAUAGGGAAAGCAUGUGGGACGGGAUUUAUAGGGUCUUAAGGAAGACAGCGAGGCGAGAAAACGACGCGCUCCUUACCAGCACAACGGGCGAAACCUUGAGCCCAGAGCAAUCGUCGCAAUUACUCGCUGAGACCUUCUAUCCAGCAGACAACACACAAACAGAUACUCCACAACAAAAACACAUACGCACGUUGACGGAGCGUAACCCCGGGCAAAUAGCAGAACUUGCGGAAAACGACCCACCGUUCAAACCUGCGGAGCUGGAACUGGUAAUACAAAGCCAAAAUCCGAAGAAAGCCCCAGGACCGGAUGGGUUGACAGCAGACAUAUGCACGAUGGCUAUCAGCUGCAAGAAGGAAGUAUUUCUGGCCAUGGCCAACAAGUGUCUUUCACUAGCAUACUUCCCCAAACAGUGGAAAGUAGCCCACGUGUGUAUACUCCGCAAGCCCGGUAAAGACGACUACACCCAGCCGAAGUCGUACAGACCGAUCGGACUCCUCUCGGUUAUGGGUAAAAUCGUCGAAAAGCUCAUAGUCAACAGAGUACAACACCACCUCAUCCCCACACUUAACACACACCAGUACGGUUUCAUGCCACAGCGAGGAACCGAGGACGCUCUCUAUGCUCUGGUAUCGCACAUACGUGCAGAGAUAAAGGCCAAAAAGGUGGUGCUUUUAGUAUCACUGGACAUAGAGGGAGCCUUCGAUAACGCCUGGUGGCCAGCAAUAAAACACCAACUCAUUGUUAAAAAGUGUCCCAAGAACAUCUACAGUACGCUGGCAUCAUACCUAGAGGACCGAGUGGUAUGCGUGAACUACGCCAGGUCCAAGAGCGAGAAGGAAACUACGAAAGGAUGCGUCCAGGGCUCAAUAGCCGGUCCGACGCUAUGGAACCUUAUCCUAGACUCGCUCUUACAUAAAAUAACAAGCACAGGAGAGUUCUGCCAAGCGUACGCAGACGAUGUGGUACUGGUCUUCUCAGACAAAGACGUCUCCGUCCUGCAACAAAGAGCAGAAAGGACACUGGAGUAUGUGACCGAGUGGGGUAUUCAGAACAAGUUAAACUUCGCAGCGCACAAAACCAAUGCAAUGGUUCUGACGAAGAAACUUAAGUACGAUGUCCCGGUCGUUCGCAUGCGAGGUGUCCGGCUAAAUCUCGUAAACGAGAUCAAGUUGUUAGGACUAGUUAUAGACAACAAACUCACCUUCAACGCACACGUAUCCGCCACGUGUAAGAAAGCUGCGGACAUAUACAAACAGCUAGCAUGUGCAGCGAGGGUGACGUGGGGACUGAAAAGAGAAGUAACCAGAACAAUCUACGUGUCGGUGAUAGAGCCAAUCGUGCUUUGCGCAGCGAGCGCAUGGGCCCCUGCGGCUGAGAAGCUGAUGGUAAGAAACCAGCUAGACUCACUGCAAAGGGGUUUCGUGCAGAAGAUCUGCAAAGCGUACCGCACGGUGUCUCUGACAUCGGCACUUCUUCUCUCAGGACAGCUGCCUCUCGACCUUCGGGUAGCCGAGGCAGCCACCUUGUUCAGGGUUAAGAAAGGAUACUCAGACGAGUUCUUACCACCCGGAAGGGAGGUGGAGCGAAAAGUCGAGUACCUCCAACAUCCACAUCCGUCAAAACUUGUGCUCACGGAAUACCAGCAGCUGGAAGACUUCAACUCCGAAACCGUAGAAACUCACCAGGUGGUCGGUCCUCACAUAUAUACCGACGGAAGCAAAAUAGAGGGCAAAGUAGGAGCAGCCCUAACCUGGUGGGACGGAGGAAAGGAGGUGAAGCAAAGAACCUUCCGGCUAGAGCCACACAACACUGUCUUCCAAUCGGAACUUUACGCACUGUUCAGAGCAGUCAAGUUGGUGAAGGAGAGCCGAUGUGGCGCGGCCAGUAUCUUGAGCGAUUCCAGAUCGUCUCUCGACCUGCUGAGGUGCCCCAGAGCAACACACCAACUGGCCCAUAACAUCAAAGAGAUGGUGCGUGGAAUCCGGGAGGAGGGCAGAAACGUGAAACUCUUCUGGUUGAGAGCACACGUAGGGACACCUGGAAAUGAGCGAGCGGAUGAGCUGGCCAAAAAGGCGGCUCUCACCAAAAAGACAGCGCCAGACUACAACAAAGUCCCAAUUUCGUUCGUGAAAAAGAGCAUACGCGAGGAAACGGUUAAGAGGUGGCAGGAAAGGUAUGAAUCCUCCAGCACGGGUUCGGUGACAAAAGUGUUCUUCCCAAAUGUCCUUGGGGCAAAAAGAACAACUGAGCUAAUAACUCUCACACCGACUCUGGUACAGAUCUUUACCGGACACGGGGGGUUCUCAGCAUAUCUACACCGUUUCCACCUCAAAGACUCUCCAUCUUGCGUAUGCGACCCAGACACGGACGAAACAGUCUGGCACUUACUCUUCGAAUGUCCAAGAUUUAGCAGAGACCGAAUAGAGCUAGAGCACAAGCUAGAUGUGAGUCUAGACUUGACCACCAUAAGCUCGGUCAUGGAGGAUAAGACCACAAGACCUCCAUUCUUGGAAUUCGCGAGUAAAGUCGCAGAAGCCGCCAUAAAAGCCAACUCCACAAGGCAAAGUAUAAACACCGUACCUACGACACAAGCACAAUCACUGACACAAACACCAACCAUGACACAAACACAAACACUGACACAAUCACCAAUCCCGACACAAACACAAACACUGACACAAACACCAACCCCGACACAAACACAAACACCAAUCCCGACACAAACACAAACACCAACCCAGACACAAACACCAACACCAAUCCCGACACAAACACAAACACUGACACAAACACAAACACUGACACAAACACAAACACAAACACCGACACAAACAAAAACAUCGACUGAAACACAAUCACUGACACAGGCCAGGACAUCAAAACGAACACCGACACAAAACCAAACAAUGGCACCGACACACAAACACAUAGACUCGAACAAUACACAGACUACAAUAGCACCGACACCAACACACCUUAACACGACCCUACUUAAUUGGGGGGCAGUAGGCGAACCCGGCAUAAGACUGAGAAGCGUUGCCCUGUUCAUGAACAGAGACCAGGAAAGUUUCGGGAUCAGUUUCUGUAAACCUAAGAGAAGAAGAGUAGCCAUACCGCCGGGCCUGGCAGCCUUAGCAAACGGUAGCACAGAAAAAGCGAGCAUAGAAGCCAAACGGUACAACACCUUACCGGAAGUGGACUUCUUUGAUAUCCGAUGCCGGGUAAUGCAGCUCAAGGAGAAGAGAGUUGUAUUGCUCGAGUGGAAUCAAGACAGUCCAUUUACCCAGGCGAGCUCGCUGCUACAAAAGCUAGGGACAUCAGGAAGCGUUCCAAAGACCAUCAGCGUGGACGCCAUGGUCAUCGAAGGCGUCAAAGGAACCACGGCGGACCGUCUAGGCUGCUUAAAGGCCGCUGGGAAACAUGAACUUGUAGUGUACGAGGAUAGGGGAGAAGAUCUUAGUUAUCUUAGAUCCCCGAAGAAGAGUCCAAAAACACCUGACUCAAAGUCCUCGUCACCGGAAACACCCAGCGGGUCUGAGCGAGCACAGGAAAAGAUAACCGCAGAAAGAGAGGUAGCCGCUCAGACAAACAGAAACUCCCCGGAACAACAGGAGCAACAAAAAUCUCGACUUGCCAGGUUCAAGUCCUUCCUUCACUCCACACUCAAGCAGCGUCGGAUGGGAGUGAUCCACUCCGGCCUGUUUAACGCGCCCAUUGACCAAGAGGCAGCAACCGCGGCUUUCGUCAGAGAACCCCCGUGGGUAAGGCCGGAACUGCCGCUUCAACCGUCAAGAGCAGCAAUGGGCCAAGUCAGUCCUCCAACAUAUAUACCGGUGUCAGAACCCGCAGAUCACGUGUACAACGCCUUUCUCGAGUUCCUGGCAGUUGUGAGAGCGACCAAACAGCUUAACCUCACAACAUGCAGGAAAAUCUUGCAGACUUUCAAUCUUCGGAACGAGGGUCUGUUAAGAGUACUACUCGAAGAGGCGGGGGCGGCGGUGUAUGAUAACUCCACAUCCCAAGUCAUCAUAGGAAAAAUGGGGGAUUCAUACAUGGCUGCUUAUUGCGCGACCUGCGGUUUCGUGGCACUGGACGAGGACGAGACGAAAAGGAAGGGCAAGCCAGUCUUCCAAACGCCUCCGGAAGACACAACAGUGGUCGUGGCCAGUUGCACUGAAAUAAUGCUGGACGAUAAGUUCCUCAAGAUGGCGCAAACCAUCGAGGGGACUUCGAAAACAUACGAUCCAGCAUUAUGGAACCUAGGUAACAUCAAAUGGGUGAACGGAGUACCGGGGUGCGGCAAGACAACUUGGCUGGUGAAGCACUUCGAUGGGGAGGACGACGUGGUGGUCACCACGACGACAGAAGCUGCCAAAGACCUGAGGAAGAAGCUCUCGCACCGGGUAGGGGAAAAAACGAAGACAAAGGUGCGGACUAUGGCUUCCGUUCUAGCAAACGGGUUUAAAGAGGGCGAGAAGUGCCGAAGAUUGACAGUGGACGAAGCCCUCAUGAACCACUUCGGAGCCAUAGUCAUGGCAGCAAAGUUGUCGGGAGCCAGCGAAGUCGUCCUCAUCGGGGAUGUCAACCAGCUGCCAUACUUGGACAGAGACAACCUAUUUCCACUCAGGUAUAUCCGUCCGGGUAUGGUAGCGUCAGUGACGCAGGAGUUGCUCUGCACGCACAGAAACCCCAUGGACGUCGCGCUCGCACUGAGUGAGAUCUACAAUGGAAUUUACUCGUCAAAAACAUCUGCGAGUAAUAUCCAUUCCCUGAAAGUGUUUGGUUACUCGGGUGCGGUAAUACCGAAAGAAACCCAGAACACGCUGUUCCUGGUGCACACACAGGAGGAGAAAUCCUCCUUGAGUGCCCAGGGAUACGGAUCUGGGAAAGGCUCUCGCACCUUGACCAUCCACGAAUCUCAGGGUCUCACAUAUGAGCGCGUCGUCAUAAUAAACACCCGCAGUCGAAUCCGGAUCCACGACAGCGUCCCUCAUGCGGUUGUGGCAGUGUCGCGCCAUAAAUCCAGCUGCGUCUACUACACCGACGACGCCAGCGACGCGAUAGGCCGCUUCUGCAGGAAAGCCAUGGAUGCGCCAACAGCCGCAGUUGUCGACUACAAUCUAAAGACAGCGAUGCAGCACCGAAACAUGGCGAUCGCGGAGGCGCUGACCGAGCUUCGACAAAACAUCCACUCCCAAUCCCAAUGAUCCCAAUCCCAAAUUGUAAAUGUGUUACUGUAAGUGUAAGUCUAGAAAUGUGUAUUAAUUAAAUAAUAAAUGGGUUAAUAAUAA